CAUGGCUACAGCAAACUGGACGGGAUCCUGCAGAGAGAAAAGAACCGUGCGUGCCGGGAGCAUUCAGGACAGUGUUGUCAAGUAACUCUACCUACUUUAGACUUCUUCAGCACAGACAGCUAGCUUAGUCAUGGGCUGGAAAUGGUUUAGGGUCCCUCCUCCCUUCCAUCACUUUUUCAGACGCCGCAGUUUGUUGUUGUUUAAGCUGACCCAACCUCCACAACCUCCACUGAUUGGACCUUGUUGGCCCUGACGGCGACUCUCUGAGCAAAGCAAAUCAACUGUGUGUCCUGAACCACUGCCCUCUCUCAGCUGGCUGCCCUCUGCACCAUCGCCGAGCAUCCCAGACCGAACAUUGAUUUCGACGGUACUUUUAAUAAACCCAGAAGGGGUCCAUUAAUAAUCACCAAACCACGACCACGACCACGACCACGACCGACGGAAACACGCCCCCUGCAUUCCCCAACCAUCCACCACCGGCAGUGCCUCUUUGUUUCGCGCGACAAGAUCUGGCGGCGUACCUCGAAACACCACCUCAUCGUUUCCUGCCUGGUGUUUCCUCUCUCUGCAUUCUCUGGACUCGCUGAUCUGCGGGAGCUCACAUCUGCAACUCUAUUUUCUCGAUUGUGCACACCUCCAACGCAUCGUGUCCCCCGAUCUCCCACAAUCCUUCAUUUGCACCGUUGCCGCCCUUGAACAGGGACCAUCUGAGCACCACUUUCUCUCCGAACCCAUCGUGUUCCCACCGUGACCUCUGACCCACGAUUCUCGAAGUGUCCAUCCGAUCACCACUUGGCCAUUUCUUACCUUCCCUUUAGCGAGUAGGUUCCGGAUUCCCCCUACGGUCGCUCCGACUUUUCGACGGACCAGCAAGCACUCCCGACGUCGAACUAGUAGCUGUCAACGACUCACUGUAUCGACGGUAGCAGUCAAACGCCGGAAUUCAUCCUACCUGGAAGCCUCGGGGGAUGCGGGGGGCGGAGGACCUCGAUAGUUGAAGCAGGUCAAGCAUCGAGGUCGAGCAAAUAAACCAAAUACACACCACAAAAAGAUCGAGUCCCAAAUCAAGUUGUUUCUGUCGUCCGGAUUUUCUCGAAAACAUUUGCCCAGCGACAUCUGUCUGAGGUCCCUCCUCCCGCGCACCCCCUCUCCCCUCUCCCCCCUCCCCCCGCCGGCUGUUGCGUGCUAGAACGAAUCCAUUCGAUUCUCAGAAUCCUCUCAGAGUCUCUCCUACAUUCUUGUCUGGGCAUGGAGCCGGUCUUCAUAGUCUCACGCGAAGAGUUCCACGAUGUUCAGAUGGAGCUGAAGCGUGUUCAGAACAUACAGCACCAUCACUCGGAACGGCUACGGCUCAUUGAGCAACGUCAGGCUGAUGAUGCGGCCUUGAAGUCAUGCUGGAAUCCUCCCUUUCCAAGCGUGCUUGGGGGAACACCUCAGCAUGGGCCCACCCAUAUGCCCUCGGCCGACUUCAGCGACAUUGACGACGAGCAGAGUCAGACCCUGCUAGGCACUUUGCAGCUCGAUGCCGAGGACGAACCGAUACGCAGAGGGGCUGCUUCGCGGGCCAAUAGCGUGCGGUUCGACGAAAGUGCCCUGCACGGUGCCGGCUUUGGAGGCCAUGCCAUUCGCCACUCCAACGACUUUGGUCCCAUACGUCCGUCGAGCGGGAUGGGAGGACACCAGUUGGAACGGACAUAUUCUCACAAGUCGGAUGGCAGACAUAGUUCCGCUGGACAUUCGGUCCACUCUGGAAUUUCUGGGAGAGCCAGCAGUCUCGGACUGGAUACCAACUUUGUGAUUGGGGGCCGUGACGACGAUGAGUCGCCCCUAGAUAUCCCCGAGCCCCCACCCGUUUUCUAUGUCUUGGGCUCUGCCCCCUCCAUUAUCCGCUGCUGGAUCACGACCGACUUCACGUCCGAAGGGUUGUUGUAUGCCGUGGUGUGCACUGGGUCUCAAAAAUCGACGGUUGAGUACUCGCUGCUUCGGGAUCUGGACCUGGUCAACAACAUCCAUCGGGAUGUGGAUGGUGCUCACAGAAUCACACUGCCAGUUUUUCUGGCUGAGGCCCGGGUUACCCAGUCCAACUCCCGCGGCGGAAGUCCUGCAUCACAGCUGCCUAGUAUCACAGCCAACUUUGAAGUCACGGGCAUGGACCAACAAGACAGCCCCGAGACCAAAAGAGCGAUCCGUGUGUUCAUCGGCAGCCACACGCUGCGGCUUCUCAGUGCCGACCUGUUGCUGUCCCAAAACUGCAUGACUCUGUACGGCAAUGACCGGAACAAGCUUUCGAUUCCGUUUGUGCGGCCCGAGGACGAUGCCGUAUUCAAGCAUUUGACUACAGCCAACCUGCUUCCAGGCAAGCCGAAGCUCAACGCUGCCGCACCCGAGUUUGUUGCUGGUGACAAAACGGCAAAGCGUUCUCCCAAGGUGGCGGCGGAGCCGGAGCGUCCAGUAUCCAAGCCUAUGGGGGGUGGUUCUGAGGGUGUAGCGUCGCCCGCCGCGCAGCCGAGCCAACCUGUGUCCAAACCUGUGACGGCGACGAGUACCGCGUCGGAGAGUGGAGCGGAGAGUGAGAAGCAGCACCAGGAAUCGACGAGCGCGGAAACAUCUGGAAAGGAUUCACACGCAACAACCGAUGCCCCACGCCGCGAGCCCAGCCUUGCUAUCAGAACACCCUGGCGGCAGACGGCGGUAGGGUUUUCUGAGAACGGCACUCCCUUGAGUGGUUACCAGCCAGCACCCCGCACGCGCUCUAUGAAGGUGCUUCGACCACCCAAGGCUAGCAGCAGCACCUCAUCCUCGGCACGAACAGGAGCGGCAUAUGAGCCAGCGCCGACGGCACGUUCAGGAAAUGAGCAACGGCGCAAGGGCCAGAGUGACGCCCAACCCCCCAUUGGUAUGAAUAGCUGGGGUAUGUCGAAGCGCAGCAUGAGCGGCCCAGCUCUCAGCAGCCUCAAUUCGGAGACGAGGGUCUCCUCGGCUGCGUCCACGUCGACAAUCACGACACCUACCACCAGUAGUCACCAUGACGCGGGUAAAACGACGCCUUCUCUUCCACGGACAGCCAACAACCCUCUUGGAAGCGCGUCGGCAUUUUCGUGGAUCGCAUCCAACAAGCCCAAGACCCCGGCCGCUGCUGACUAGGAGAAAGGCGUUCGGAAGAAGACUCACCGGCAUCAGGGAAAGGGCAAGAAACAGAAGAAGAAGGAGAAGAAGAGGAUUGUUGUGAGCUGCUGAGGAUAAUGAGGAGUUUGGCUUGGCAGAUGAAGAUCAAGGGCAAUAAACUGGCUGCUAAUGGAUGGCCUUGAAUGCCCGGGUUUAGUGCGCCUUGGGGUAGCAGGCAGCACCGGCGGUGGUUUUAGCUGGGUGAUUGAGCUUGCAGCGGCAGUAGUAACUACGAUAGUUAUGAGCAGAAAAGCAAAAAUAAAACAGUCUCAACGAAGGCCGUUGCGCCUGAUGAUCCACGUUCUCUUCUGUAGAGUUCCCAGAUCCAUCUCAACAGCUAUGGCCCCAGGUGGUGUGUCUGUCAAGGUCGAGCCGCUUCCCCCAAACAGCCGGAUAGGUGGAAGCAUGGAAAUUCCAGGUACGUACCUAGACCGCGGGAGAUGUCAUAGCUCUUUUUGAUACCAUCAGACAUCUCAUCCAAUGCCACCAAAUUCAUUCCCAUCCUCCCAUACAAUUCCCCAGGACGAUCCUAAGAACCAGCAUGUGGAACACUGUUAUCAUGCACCCAUAUACCAUCACAUGCACAAGGCCAAAGCUCGGUCCACGCCCACUGCCCGUUGAUGCACCUUGUCGAUUGGGAUAGAGGUAGGAUCUUGUAUUUCUACAAGCUGGAGGUUUACUGGGACUGUUUGGUCAAAGGCCCAGUGCAGUCGCUGAAGUUGGUUUACCAUUUGUAUAAACAGCUACUUGCCAUGUUCUAUAAUGGAUGGUAUCAGC